AUGAUUAGUAAAAGGAAGAGGGAGGAAAAUGAACUAAAAAGGAGUUCUAUUUCUUCAAAGACCGAUGAUUUACCGUUAGAUUCACAAGAGUUGACUAAUUAUCAUGUUGUUCAACUCCAAGAGUCAAAUAAACAGUACAAGAGAAGAAUCGAGGAGUUGGAGAACCAAAUCUCUAAAAUGAUUGGAGCCUUUGAAAAGAUUGAAGGGGAGGGGAAAUCCGAAGAGGAAAAUCUUAUAAGCAAAUUUGAGCAUGUAAUACAGCAAAAGAAUGAUGAAAUUUUGUCUUUAAGGAAUGAAAAUCAACGUUUGAAUAUGCAGGAUAUCUUUAAAAAAUUUUAUUUAUCUGGAGAUUCAAAUUCUGAUACAAAUUCCAGUAUAUACGGUAAAAAUAAUCAAACCAAUAGCCAAGGAAUUUCUUUAUUUGGGUCUAUAAGUGAUGAUUCAACUAAUGCUGAUAGAAUUAAUAUCGCUACGAGUGAUAUUAAAUCGAAGUUGAUUGAAAAAGAGAAGCAGAUUUCUGAGUUGACCACUAAGAAUGAGGAAAUUUCUCGUGAGAAUUUAGAACUAAGAAGAAAUUUGUCUAUAUAUUCUCCUUGCGAAAGCUUUGAUAGUGAAUUAAAGGACAGAGAAGCAAAAGAAGGCAAAUUUUGUAGGUGUGUAAGAAGUAUUAUAAAUGAAGUUUUUGAGUUAAGAUCUCAACUGAAUGCAGAAAAGCUCAAAUUUGUUACUCUGCUUGAAAAUGAGCUGCUGAAGAAUAUAAAAGACUUUCUGGCAAACCAAAAGAGCUGCGAGGAACAUUGCAAAACAACUAACAAAGAACUGGAGGAUAUUAGAGGUAAAUAUAAUACUUUGAAACAAGAUUUUUUUUCUAUGGAAAGUGUUCAAAAGAGUUUAAAUGCUAGGGAUAGAGAGCAAAAGAAGAAAAUUAAGGAACUUGAGCUUGAAAACAGUAAGAUGAGAUCAGAGAAAGUGAGAGUAGCAGAGUUUAUUCGGACUGUCAGUACAAAACUUGAAAAGGGAGAAAAAGAAGAAGUGGUUGAAAACUUAAUGAAUGAGUACGAAGAGUUAAGUAAUGCUUUUGAAGAAAAAAGUUUAGAGUGUGACAAUUUACAUCAUAAGCUUGAGGAAAAGGAGAAAGAAUUUGGUGAUUAUAAAAUAGGGAUUGAUGAUAUAAAGCAAGCUCUUAAAGAAAUAGAGACAAUUAAGAUUUUGUAUGAGGAAAAGUUGUCUUUGGUUAGAAAAACAAAAAGUGAGACAUUAAAAGACAUAAUUAACUCUGGUACAAUCCAGCCAAACCAGGAGACCAAGAUCUCUAAAUUUCUGAAUAGGUAUUUGUCCUUUAUUGGCCAGCUUGGUAUGAAUGAUCAAAUGGAUAACCAAAUACAACUUGAAAAAGAAAGUUUUGACAGUAUUUAUAAAUCUCUAAUCGAACAAAAGUCCAUAUCCGAGAGACUUAAUUUAGAUCUUGAAUUUUACAAGGCUGAGUAUUACAAGCUUAGAGAAAAGUUGGAAUCAGUUGAGAAGGACGAAUCUAAUUAUAUUGCAACAAUUUCAAUUCUUAAAAAUAGGGUCCAGUACAUUCUAAAUAGGGUAAAUAAGCUUACCAAUUUAGAGAUAAAUUUUGAUAACACUGAGGAAAAUGAACAUCUUCAGAUUGAUGAUUAUGAUAAAGAGAUUAAUACACUCAAAUCGGAGAAUCAAGAGCUUUUAACUUUGAUGAAGUGUUCUGUAUGCCGUGAUAAAGUUAAAGACACUGUAAUCAAUAGAUGUGGACACCUAUUCUGUAGAGAAUGCAUUGACAGAAAUUUAUCUUCCAGAAAUAGGAAGUGCCCCUUAUGCCACAUUACUUUUGAUAAAAACGAUACCGGUAGGAUAUUUCUUCAUUAG